AUGUUCCGCCUCACCUCAUUCACACUCCCGCACACCGUCCGCGGAGCAGCAGCAGCACUCGCUGCGCGGGCGGCAUCGACGCAGACGGCCUCCGCGGCAGGCAGCAGCAAGGCCAAGCCGCAGGUGGCAACGGCUGAGCCCGUGACGGACCUGUCAUCUGAGGAGGCCAUUGCGCUGGACAACGAGUACGGAGCGCACAACUACUCGCCGCUGGACGUAGUCUUCUCCCGGGCCAAGGGCCUCAACGUGUGGGAUCCCGAGGGCAACCACUACUACGACUUUCUCUCGGCUUACUCGGCCCUCAACCAGGGCCAUCUCCAUCCCAAGCUCGUCGCCGCCGCCAUCAACCAAACCCAAACGCUCUCGCUCUCUUCUCGUGCCUUCUACAACGACAUCUUCCCGGCCUUUGCCGAGAAAAUCUGUCAGACCUUUGACUACGAGGCCGUCCUGCCCAUGAACACCGGCGCAGAGGCCGUCGAGUCGGCCCUCAAGAUCGCCCGCAAGUGGGCCACCGACGUCAAGGGUGUGCCGAGCGGGAGCGUGCAAAUCAUCUCGGCCUGCGGCUGCUUCCACGGCCGCACGCUCGGCGCCAUCUCCAUGUCAUGCGACCCGGACGCUACCGAGGGCUUCCACCCGCUUGUCCCGGGCCAGCUCAAGGUCGACUUUGGCGAUCUCGCCGGGCUCGAGGCCACCCUCGCCGAGCACGGCGAGUCUGUCGGCGCCCUGCUGCUCGAGCCCAUUCAGGGCGAGGCCGGCGUUGUCGUCCCGCCCGACGGCUACCUCGCUGCCGCCCGCGCCCUCUGCGACAAGCACAACGUACUCUUUAUCGCCGAUGAGAUCCAGACCGGCAUCGCCCGCACCGGCCGCAUGCUGGCUGUCGACCACGACAACGUCCGCCCGGACAUUGUGCUGCUCGGCAAGGCCCUCGGCGGCGGUAUCUAUCCCAUCUCGGCCGUCCUCGCCGACCGCGACGUCAUGGACGUCAUCACACCGGGAACCCACGGCUCGACCUUUGGCGGCAACCCGCUCGGCGCCGCCGUCGCCAUUGCCGCCCUCGACGUCGUCGCAGAGGAGAACCUCGCCGCCACUGCCCAGGCCAAGGGCGAGGCCUUCCGCGCCCGCUUUGCCGCCCUCCGCUCGCCGCUCAUCAAGACUGUCCGCGGCAAGGGCCUCCUCAAUGCUUUUGUCAUGGACACCGAGGCUCUGCAGGGUGCGUCGGCCACAGACCUCUGCCACAUGCUCAAGGACGAGGGCGUGCUGUGCAAGCCAACCCAUGGCCACAUCAUCCGCCUUGCCCCGCCGCUCACCAUCACCGACGAAGAGAUGGACGACGUGUGCGAGCGCGUCGAGACCACCCUCGCUCGCCUCGAGGCCGAGAUCGCCGCCGGCAAGCAUCCAGUGCCACAGGCCGACCCCGAUGCCCCUCCUCCGCGCGCCUGCGAGCGCUGCGGUCGUGCCGACGGCUGGUGA